CUGUCACUUUUGUCCGUCCCUAAUUUUUGGUAGACAACAAGCUGCACUUUAUUGAUGCACAAAAAAAUAGAGUAAUAAAUACAUAUAUUAACAAUUUAAUUGAUAUUUAAACAUUUAUACCGUAAUAUAAGUGUAAUUAUCAAAGUGCAUAUACAUUGCAAUUAGAAGCCGACUAAUACUUUCUGUGAAAAGUCAUACUGCAGACAAUAAUGCCGUCUGAAUAUUGGGAUCGCCUGAGCGAUGUCGAGAUACAAGGGAAACUGAUACAAUUUGGAUAUCCACAUUGUCCCGUCACGGAAACAACACGGGCCGUAUUAAUUAAAAAACUACAGAAGCACACAAGAAAGGAGGAGCUUAAAAAGGGAAAAAUCCCAAACUAUGUACUUCACUACAACGGUGACAAGCCAAAUACAGAUGCUAUUCCAGCACCACACACAAAUUCAAUAGAAAGAAGACCGAAUCUCCAUGAAAAUGGCCUGAGAAACAAUAAGGUUGACAUUGGCCGGACUCUUCAACCUUCAGUUUAUCGCAAGAGCGAUGCUGAUGUAAGUCCAUCACUUAUGGCAGCAUCUAGGAUGUAUGUACCACCACCGCUUUUAGCGUCCGACUAUGAGAAUGAGAAUGAUGCGCAUAAUUUGAAUGCGGCUCGCAAAGCGUAUCGCAAACCUUUGCCAUAUGCAGCCGAUAAUUCAUCGUCGUAUAUCAAGUUGCAGCAUGGCAAAUCGAAUGCCUGUGACGGAGGCGUCGUUAAUCGAUUACUCAGCUUCCGCGAUACAUCGAUACAAAAGAAGUCAAUCUCCAAAGAUGGUUACACUGUACACGCAUCCAGAUCACUCAUAAUAAAGAAUGGCAUCGUACAAAAGAUUCUGACAUUUGAUGUUAAAUCGUUUUUCAAAAAACCCGAUGUUAGCCAAUACAUAAUACCGCACGUACUUAUUGCCAUACUUGUGAUAUUCCUGUCAAUGAUAUCUGUUUUAUAUAUGGCAAAGAAAUUUGACCUAAGCCCCAUUACCGAAACCGACAUUAAAUAUACAAUGUGUAAUGGCAACGAUGCCGAUUUUAGGGGCUUUUCGUCAUCGUCGCAGUCGCAACCGACAAUUAAGUGUAUUAAUGAGGAUCUGUACAAUAAGGCGAUCUACAUCAGCAAAGAGCUAUUUAAGUACUUAAACGAAAGAGCGAGACUCCAUCACUGCAUUAGCGCAGAUCAUUCCGCCGCGCUCGACAUGAACGAGUUCAAAAAGGUUCUGCUCAGCGGCAACAGUAAUUUGCAGCAGAAUGGCAAUCUGCAUACGAAACUGCUGGCAACGCAAUAUCUGAUUGCCCAGAAUCCGCAGUGGAUGAUAAAAACGAUAACUACAACCCACAAUUCUUCGGAGCAAAUCCUGUCGUUUGAGUUAAUUGAACCAAGUCUUCCAUUGAAGUGCAUUAUCCGUAAGAAAGUCACGAGAUUUUUCACAGUUAUUGGACUGUUCUUACUUGUUGCUGCCGGUUGCCUGUCGUUAUAUUUAUUGAUUGUCGGGUAUCGCUUGAAACAAAAGGAAUCGCUGCUGGCAAUCGAGCAGUUUACAAUGGAUAUCAUUAAUGAACUAGUCUACCGGAGCACACAUACCGAGAACUCGGAAGUGUUAAUAAAUCAAUUGCAAGAGAAGUUUUUGCCUGCGCACAAUCGAAAGAAACUCUCGGGUUGUUGGAAUAAGGCACUUAAGAACUUAGAGGCAAAUGACAAUAUCCUAUUUGGCAUAGUUGCGCGAAAUGGAGAACAACUGCGUACGAUGACCUGGAAUAAGAAUACUGCCAAUAAUGAACCCAGUUCCACAACAACAGCAACAACAACAAAGAAAAAGUGGCAAAGCUCUGCUUUCGAUAACUCCAACAAGAUUCACAAUCCGCCAGCAUCUUGCUUGAAAAUCAGGCAUAUGUUCGAUCCAUCAGAAAUUAACGAUCCCAAUUUGAGGCAAUUAAUGAUUGACUCAAUAUUGGAGAAAGUUGGCUCUCAUUGCAAAAUUUGCGACGUUCAACUGGAUACACAGUCCUGCUGCGUCUAUAUCCGUUGUGCGAGUGAAGCAGACGCCGGAAUUGUUCACAAUGAAAUUAAUGGCUGGUGGUUCGAUAAGCGGCUGAUAUCGAUUAAGUUUCUGCGAAUUGAGCGCUAUUUGAAUCGCUUUCCAAAAUCAUUGUCUGAAUCAUUAUAUUUAAAAUCAUCUAAUGUGAACUAAAUUUUUAAUUGUUUGUAUUGAAUAAAAUUCUUAAUGUGAUUUGUA